AUGGUAAACAUAGACAAGGCUCUAAUGGCGUUGUCGCUGGAGGAAGAAGAGGAUACCCCUUUUAUUAUGCCAAAGGAUCCGAAAUACUGUUCGAGGGAAAGGAAUGUAAUGAGUAUCAUGGGCAGAACGUUGAAUCCUGAUUGUCAAAAUAUGGCGGAUUUAAUUUUGGACAUGCCGAGGAAGUGGCAAGUGUAUGAACAGGUCAAAGGUGUGGCAUUAACAAAGGAUAAGUUUCAGUUCAUCUUCAAAUAUGAACACGAUCUAGAAGAGGUGAUGAGGAAGAGAGUUUGGACUUUCAAUGAAUGGUCGAUAGUGAUCGACAAAUGGAUGGAAAAUCCUCCGGAAGAUUACUUGCAGUUCAUGCCGGUGUGGGUUCAGAUCCGGAGUAUUCCGGUUAACUACUAUACGGAGGCGGCUAUCUAUGAUCUGGGGGAUCUAAUCGGAGAGGUAAAGGAGGUGGCCUUUGAUCCUGAUAAACCACAAAGUAAAGAUUACGUGAGGGUUAAGGUAAAUUUUGAUGUCUCUAAACCGGUGAGAAGAUCAAAAGCUGUGGUACUACCAAAUGGGGAGACAACAACUGUGUGGUAUGACUUUGAGAGGAUUCAAAAAAGAUGCUACCACUGUCAAAGGCUAACACACGAGAAGGACAAAUGUCCCAUCUUAAUCAAGUUGCGUAUGGACAAGGCUGCAGCUCAAAGACAGAGCAUCUUAGAGGCAAAAAAUAUUCAGGAGCCGGUGCUGAAGGAUAAUGACCCUCUUUUUGGAGUACUAUCCGAGGAUCAGGUGGGGAUCGAUCCAUUGACAGGCAGGACUCGGAUCAACCCAGAGGUUUUACAUGAAAUGAGAACAUAUCUGUUGGCUGAAGAAGGACCUGAAAGGAAAGUAAGAGAGGAACGUGUUAAGAAGUCCAUCUUGGAUCUGAAAGGUGAUCGAAGAAAUCAAAACUUGAUUUUAAGACUUGAAGCGCCCCUACAAGUCACCACAGAUAUCGAUAAAGGAAAGGGUCCUAUAUUCCAUUACAGCGAGGAUAGGAAUGAUUGUAAGCGGGAGCCUAGUGACUGCAGUGGAGGAAAGUUGAUGGGUGCUGCGAUUAAUGUGGGUUUAGCUAUGAGAAGAAUGCCAUUGAUUGAUGGUAUUGCGUCAGAGAGAGAGCCGCAGCAAACUAUGAAUCAGAGGGCUCUGUUUUCAGGUCUUUGUCCACGGGAUUAA